AUGGAGAUGGAGAAGAAAAUUGAGGUGACCAGUAAGUCAGUGUUUGACCUCUUGUCCAAAACAACGGAAUACCUCGAGCCUGGCCCAGCCUCUCAAGUCAAACUGAACAUGCUGAACACAAUGUCUAAGAUCCGUGGGCGGGUGAAGACCACUGGCUCCCCUCAGACUGAAGGCCUGACUGCAUGGGGAGACUGCAUGCUGCGCUAUGGCCAUGAACUGGGAGAGGAAUCUGUGUUUGGUCCGCUCUGCUCUGGUGGAUAUGAGGCCAUGAGGCAGAUGGCAGAUGUGAAGGACUCCCUGGACAUAGGUGUCAAGCAGAACUUUCUUGACCCCCUGCAGAAUCUACAGGACAAGGACCUCAAGGACAUCAUGCACCACUUGAAGAAGCUGGAGGGCCGCAGAUUAGACUUUGAUUGUAAGAGGACACAUCAAGGGAAAAUCCCCGCUGAAGAGAUUCAUCAGGCCAUGGAGAAGUUUGAAGAAAGCAAAGAGCUGGCUGAGAGGAGCAUGUUCAACUUCUUGGAAAAUGAUGUGGAGCAGGUGUGCCAGCUCUCAGCACUUAUUGAGGCAGCGUUAGAGUACCACCGGCAGUCGUGCGAAAUCCUGGAGGAGCUCAGUGGAAAGCUGUAG